CCAAUACCUCUUUUGGCAGCACCAAUUUGGUGAGACCAAUUAGUGGAAUGGGAAAAGGGUACACAGUGUGCCUCUUCAUCAUUGAAAUCUUGCUACAUUUUUCCAUAUCAAGCAGUGGUAAAGUUCCUGCAAUUAUAGUCUUUGGAGACUCUUCUGUAGACUCAGGUAACAACAAUUUCAUUCCAACCAUUGCAAGGAGCAACUUUGAGCCAUAUGGUCGUGACUUUUUCAAUGGAAAUCCCACUGGAAGGUUCUCCAAUGGUCGCAUUCCCCCUGAUUUCAUCUCUGAAGCCUUUGGCCUUAAGCCAACAGUUCCUGCUUACUUAGAUCCAGCUUUUAACAUUUCUGAUUUUGCCACUGGUGUUUGCUUUGCUUCUGCUGGAACUGGAUUUGACAAUGCUACUUCUAAUGUUGCUGAUGUAAUUCCUCUAUGGAAAGAAGUUGAGUACUACAAGGAGUAUCAAAAGAAAUUAAGGGCACAUCUUGGUAAUGAGAAGGCUAAUGAAAUAAUAAGAGAGGCUUUGUAUUUGGUUAGCAUAGGAACCAAUGACUUUCUAGAGAACUAUUAUACACUGUCUGAAAGAAGGUGCCAGUUCACUAAAGUUGAAGAGUAUGAGGAUUUUCUGAUUGGGUUAGCUGAAAACUUCUUCAAGGAGAUUUAUGAGCUUGGAGCAAGGAAAAUUUCUCUGACAGGGUUGCCUCCUAUGGGGUGUUUGCCACUGGAAAGGGCCAUAAACAUUUUGGAGUACCAUGAUUGUGUUGAAGGGUACAAUGAUGUGGCUUUGGAAUUCAAUGGAAAGUUGGAGUGGUUAGUGAAAAAGUUGAACAAGGACCUUCCUGGAUUUCAAAUUGUUGAUGCAAAUGCAUAUACUCUAAUCCUGCAAAUUAUUGCACAACCUUCUCGUUUUGGUUUUGAGGAAGCAGGAAGAGGAUGCUGUGGAACAGGGAGAUUUGAAAUGGGAUUUUUGUGUGACCCAAAGAGCCCAUUUACUUGCAAAGAUGCAAAUAAAUAUGUGUUUUGGGAUGCCUUUCACCCCUCAGAAAAAACAAGUCAGAUAGUCUCAAAUUAUUUAAUAGAAAAACAUUUAGCAAAGUUCCGUUGA